UUAAUAUCUAAUGCUUAUCGAACUUUAGUGUUUAAUGAUUUUGUUUUAAAAUUAAAAAUUAUGUUUGCGUUGAUUUGGUUUAAUAUAAUGACCUAUGCCUGAUAAAGUUUAUUUAUAUCAAGUGGGUUAGCUGAUGUUAUAUUAAGUAUGUUGAUUAAGCAGAAUUGGUCAGUGGGUAUCAAAUAAAUUCAAAUUUUUGGACAUAGCGUCCAUUUAAACCAUGAAGUACAAAAAUCAAAUAGAAGCGUUAUUAAAAAUUAUAAAAGAAAAAACACAUGAUAAACUUUCUCUAACGAACAAUUCUCGAACUGAAUUAUACAAUAGACUUUCUGUUUACCGACCAGAUUACGAUAAAGUUGUUUCAUGGUAUGAACGAGUGACUGGUUUAAGAGAAGUUCGAAUAGCUCAAGAUAGAGUAUUAGAAUCUCAAAAACAAUUUAUGAAAGCCCAAGAUAUAAGAAGAGAUGUAUCAGUAGAACUUAGAACAAUCCAAAAUAAAUUAAAAGAUAUUAGAAGUGAACUUUUAAAUACUUCCCGAUCAGAAGAUAGGUACAUUGAAUUAAUAACCCAAGAACAUGCUUUACUAAAACAAGAAAAUUCCAUUAUUGAUCGAGUUAACAUGAGUGAAAAAGAAGAAAGAGAUAGUUUUAUAUUGCUUUCCACCACAUUAAAGGAUAGUCAUGAUCGAGAACGAAUACAAGCUGAGAGAACGAAGUAUGUUUCUAUUGUUGGCUCAAUACUGGGUACCAUCAUAGGUAUAAUUGGAAGUACCGUAAUUAAUACAUGGAAAAUGAAUGAAUUCAAAAGAAUGGUUUUUGAUGCAAAGGUAGAUACAACAAAUUCAUUUAGAACCGAACAAAUAAAUAAUCUAAUACUUCAAAUGCAAAAGCAUAAUAAAAUAUUAGAAAAAUCGACUCACAAAUUAAACUCAGAGUUAGUUAAGAAAAUAGAGGCACCAAAUUGGAAAUAUAGUGAUCGUGAUAUUAUUAUUUUGACAGCUAUUAAUUGUUCUAUAAUUGUCUUGUCUACAUAUAUAGUGUCAAAAUUAUUUUAAAAAGUGUAUUUUAUUAUUGUUGAUUUUGUUUUAUUUCCUAAUAAAUAUUGUUUCCGUUAA